GUCUCACGUAUUCUAAUUUCCAACAGUUUCUGUACAUUUUGUUCAUCGAUACUCGUUCUUCUCCCACGUUAGAGAUCUCCACGAAAAGAUACCUAAAAUGGCCGAUAUGGAUCCGAGCAACACCCUUGGCGCUGCUCCGCUAACUCGUGGGAGAGAUGAGAAUUUGGAGGUCGAGGAAGUAGUAGAGAUUCAAGAUGAACAAAGCGCGGAAUCUGUCAAGAACGAUGAUUCUUCUUCUAAGAAGGAUACAAAAAUGGUCAAAAAGGGUGGCUGGAAAUAUGCGAUUAUUUUGCUUGCGAAUCAAGGGCUUGCGACGUUGGCGUUCUUCGGUGUCGGUGUCAAUCUGGUUCUGUUCCUGACGCGUGUCCUAGGCCAAGGCAACGCCGAAGCUGCGAACAAUGUCAGCAAAUGGACAGGAACAGUUUACAUCUGCUCGCUCAUUGGCGCGUUUCUCAGCGACUCGUACUGGGGAAGAUACUUGACUUGCGCAAUCUUCCAAGUCAUCUUCGUCUUAGGGAUCGGUCUCCUCUCUUUCUCCUCCUGGUUCUUCCUCAUAAAACCGAAAGGAUGUGGCGACGGAACGCUGGUUUGCAUCCCUUCCUCUUCCCUCGGGAUCGCCCUUUUCUACUUAUCCGUCUAUCUUAUAGCGUUUGGCUAUGGCGGUCACCAGCCUACGCUCGCGACUUUCGGUUCGGACCAGUUCGAUGACUCGUUAGAGAGCGGGAUGAGCUCGAGGGCCGCGUUUUUCAGCUACUUCUACUUCGCCCUCAAUGUCGGAUCGCUGUUUUCGAAUACGAUUUUGGUGUAUUUCGAGGAUUCGGGUUGGUGGACGGAAGGUUUCUUGGUGUCUCUCGGGUCUGCGGUCUUGGCCUUGGCCGCAUUCUUGGCUCCGACCAAAAGAUACCGUUUUGUGAAGCCGUACGGAAACCCAUUGCCACGUGUUGCUCAGGUAUUCGUCGCCACCAUGCGGAAGUGGAACGUUGUCCGUCCGACGAACCCGGAGGAGUUGUACGAAGUGGAAGGUCCUGAAUCCGCCAUUAAAGGGAGUAGAAAGAUUCUUCAUAGCACUAAGUUUGUGUUCUUGGAUAAGGCUGCAGUGGUUACAGAGAAUGACAGGCAUGGCACGGAGAUCAACCCAUGGAGACUAUGCACCAUAACGCAAGUGGAGGAAGCGAAAUGCGUGAUGAAGAUGCUGCCAAUAUGGGCAUGCACCAUCAUCUACUCCGUCAUCUUCACUCAAAUGGCUUCCCUAUUCGUCGAACAAGGCGACGUCAUGAACGCCCACAUCGGCCAAUUCCGCAUCCCGGCCGCCAGCAUGUCCGUCUUCGACAUUUUCAGCGUCCUGAUCUCGACCGGAAUCUACCGUCACAUCAUAAUCCCCACCAUGAGGCUGACCGAGCUGCAACGGAUGGGCGUGGGACUCGUGAUCGGCAUAAUGGCGAUGGUUGCCGCGGGAUUAACCGAGAUCCAACGCCUACGACGCGUGAUCCCGGGGCAAAAGGAGAGCGAGCUGACCAUAUUCUGGCAAGUGCCUCAAUACGUUUUGAUAGGCGCGAGCGAGAUUUUCAUGUACGUCGGACAGUUGGAAUUCUUCAACGGGCAGGCGCCGGACGGGAUAAAGAGCCUAGGCAGCUCGUUGUGUAUGGCGUCGAUAGCGUUGGGGAAUUACGUCAGCAGUUUGAUGGUGAAUGUGGUGAUGAUGAUAACGACGAGAGGGGGGAACGAUGGAUGGAUACCGGAGAAUCUAAACGAAGGGCAUAUGGAUCGGUUUUAUUUCCUAAUCGCAGCGUUAGCGGCUGUAGAUUUCGUGUUCUAUUUGGUUCUUGCAAAGUGGUACAGACCCAUUAACGUCGAUCAAGAUAGCGUUAGGGGCGGUACCGGUGCCAGCCGGCAAGGGGCGGUGGUGGAGGAGUUGGAGCAAGUUUGAUUUUGAUGGGUUUUUUAGUUAUUUAUUUUAUUUUUGUCGUUUUCAAGAUGCUUGGGAUCUUUCUUUUCUUUUUUUAAAGUCUAUUGGACUAAAUAAACUUCGUUAGCG